AUGCUUCUCAACAUUUCGUCUCUGCAAGCAAUUUCUUUGCCCGACAACAGCUUAAGCGGUACUCUUCCCAUGAACAUUUGCACUAAGCUUCCAAAGGUUCAAGGAAUUGAUCUGUCAAGCAACCUAUUAUCAGGCCAGAUUCAUUCACGAUUCCACAAUUGCACGGAGCUUCAAAUUCUGUCACUGUCCACCAAUAAAUUCAGUGGACAAAUACCAAGAGAGAUUGGAAACUUUACAAUGUUAAGCGUAUUGGGUUGUGGAUAUAACAUGUUUGAAGGCCCAGUUCCAGCAGAAUUUGGCAAUCUUCAGAAAUUACAGGCUUUGGACUUCACUAUGAAUUUCUUAAGUGGUCCCAUUCCCAAAUCUAUAUUUAACAUUUCAACCUUGACAAAUAUCUCAUUUACCGUGAAUAACCUUUCAGGGAGUAUUCCACCUAAUAUAGGUCAACAGCUGCCGAACCUUGAAGAGUUAUUGCUUGGAGGUAAUAAACUAAGUGGAGUUGUUCUUGACUCGAUCUCAAAUCUUACAAAAUUAAGUCAGUUGGAACUCGGACAGAACCAAUUUACUGGUUCAAUUCCUACAUCACUUGGCAGUUUGAGGUUCCUUGAGUAUCUUAAUAUUCAACGAAACCAUUUCACUUCUGAUUCUCCUUCAGAGUUCAGCUUUCUUACAUCUUUGACAAAUUGCAGAAAUUUAAGGCUUCUAAGCAUAUCAGAAAACCCCUUAAGUGGGGAACUUCCUCCUACCAUAGGCAAUUUUAGUAGCUCUUUUCAAAACUUUGAUGCAACAUUAUGUGGAAUUAAGGGCAAUAUUCCACAUGAAAUUGGUAACCUUAGCAGUCUGUUACUGUUGAGUCUUGAUAACAACAGCUUGACUGGACCACUUCCAGAUACACUCAAAGGGUUAUCAAAUCUUCAAGGAUUAGAUCUUCAAGAUAACAGAAUAUCAGGGUCCAUUCCGAACCAUCUGUGCACUUUCAGGCAUUUAGCUAUAGUACAGUUGAGCAGAAAUCAAUUCAGUGGUCAGGUGCCAGAUUGCUUUGGAAAUAUAACUUCUCUAAGAGAACUUUAUUUGCACUCCAACAGACUGAACUCCACAUUCCCAGCAAGCCUUGGAAGGCUGAAAGACUUGCUAUAUUUAGAGAUCAGCUCAAACUCUUUCAUUGGUAAUAUACCACCCGAAGUUGGGAAUCUGAAGGCUGCAUUAGCCAUUGCCUUGGCAGAGAACGAAUUUUCAGGUAACAUUCCAACAAUACUAGGAGGUCUCCAGAACUUGAUCAAUCUCUCAUUGGCACAUAAUGAAUUACAAGGUCCUAUCCCAGAGACAUUCAGCAACCUGUUAAGUUUGCAAUUAUUAGAUCUGUCUAAUAACAACCUCACAGGCGAAAUACCUACAUCAUUGGAAUCGCUUUUGCAGUUAAAAUAUUUCGAUGUGUCAUUCAAUGAGCUACAGGGAAGGAUUCCAUUAAAUGGUUCUUUCGCCAACUUCACAUAUGAAUCUUUUAUGUCAAAUAAAGCAUUAUGUGGCGGUCCUCCUUCAUUGCACUUCCCUCCUUGCACCGUCCAUUCACCGCAUGGAUCAAAGAAGAAAAGGUUGCGUCUAGUGGCAUACACUCUGAUACCAUCAGCAUUGAUGAUUAUCCUCAUCACCAUUUUGUUGGCUAUCUUGAAGAAGAGGAGCAAAAGGGCAAAUAUCUCUGGAGUGGAGUUAUUCCCCACGAUUAUGCAUGAAAGGGUAUCUUACCGUGAACUCCAGCAGGCAACUAAUGACUUCAGCGAAAGCAAUUUGAUUGCAAUGGGGGGUUAUGGUUCAGUUUACAAAGGGGUUCUGGAGGAUGGGGCACCAUUCGCAGUAAAGGUUUUCAAUUUGCAGUUAGAAGGAGGAUUCAAAAGUUUUGACACAGAAUGUGAAGUUCUUCGCAAUCUUCGGCACAGAAAUCUUGUUAAAGUCAUCAGUAGCUGCUCUAACCCAGAUUUCAAAGCUUUAAUCUUAGAGUAUAUGCCCAAUGGGAGCCUAGAGGAAUGGUUGUAUUCUCACGACUGUUUCUUAGAUUUCUUGCAAAGACUAGAUAUAAUGAUCGAUGUAGCUUCUGCAUUGGAUUAUCUGCAUCAUGGUUAUUCAUCUCCAGUUGUGCAUUGUGAUCUAAAGCCUAGCAAUGUUUUGCUAGAUGAGGAUAUGACAGGUCACCUGGGCGACUUUGGAAUUUCCAAGUUACUUGGUGGAGGUGAAAUUACAGCACAAACAAAGACACUCGCAACAAUUGGCUAUAUUGCACCAGAGUAUGGAUUUGAGGGUGUAGUAUCCACAAGGUGUGAUCUCUACAGCUUUGGUAUUCUUUUGAUGGAAACCUUUACAAGAAAGAGGCCAACUGAUGAAAUGUUUGGCGAAGAUUGCGGAUUGAAGGACUGGGUGAUGGAUGCGCUACAAAAUUCAGCAAACCAUUUCAUUGAUAGCAACCUAAUUACUGUGACGGACGAAAAUUCAAACAAAAAGGUUCAAUGUGCAUUAUCGGUCAUGGAAUUGGCCUUGAGGUGCAGUGCUGAAUCACCAGAGCAGCGCAUAGACGCAAGAGGUGCUUUAAAUGAACUCCGAAAAAUAAAAGUUGUCUUUCUUGCAGAUUGAAUUUAAGAACAAAUGGACACAAACAACAAUCACAAGUAAUCAGAUUUUUUGGGUGGGUGUAAUAUUUUCA